AUGUCUACCAUUGAAGCUUCGGAGAGACCCAACUCUCAAGUCAGCGUGCCUAAUGCGGGCAAGGCGAAGCUCACAGUUCCUCCUCACAAGGCAGUCCGUUGUCAUAUUUGUCAAGAACUCUUUGAUGAUGAGCAGGGUCUCAUAAAACACAAACUUUGGGCGAUGAAAAUCAAAGGCACCCACGCACACUGUACGGUUUGCACCAUGGAAUUCAAAACCAUGGAUGCUCAGCAGAAACACAUGCUAGAGGCACAUCCCUAUGACCAAAACAUCGUCUGUCCUGGCUGCCAGAAUCGUUUCGUUCGCCUGGCUGGAUGGAUGAAGCAUCUGGAACACGAUGAGUGUUAUGGAAUCAAGCGAGCAGACGUUGACAAAAAUCGAGCCGAGAAACUGCUAUUCGCCCAUGAGCUGGAGAAGAGAAGCGGCUCACAGUUUGGUGACUAUUUCCCGGUCAAUCAUCCAAGUGUUCAGUCAGCCAUGAGCAUCGUCUCUAAGCCUUACAUGGCCCACCCUUCCUUUUUCAAGCCCGAUGACUUCCCCGACCUCAAGGAGGCCGAGGAAUCUUUGCAGAAAGGGGCCAGCAUUGAGGACAAGUCUGCUUCGGGUACCCUGAUUGCCACGACUGCCUCGACGACUGGUGACAUCAACAACCCUUACCACCCUAGAUUUGACGAAAAUAGGUACUACAACAAAUUUUCUGGCAAAUUCAAGUGCCCUCAGAAAUCGUGCUUAUACGAUGUCAGCACUGAGGCUGUCAUCAAAUUUGGGCUCGCCCAGCAAGCUCAGAAGGUAACAGAGGUUUUCAUGACGAAGGAGAUUUCCCCACGACGCGCUUCACGCGUCGCACUGAAGGCUCAAUCCUCAAACUUCCCCUUUGAGACUAAAUUGACCGGCAACAAACAAGAAUUGCGACUGAUCACCACUGAUAUCAUGGCCGAAUCUGAGCUCCAGGAGCUUUUCACUUCAGGUGACAAGGGCCUUGAGCCCGACGUUCUCUCCGAACUCCAGUCCAUAAUGCGUUUGCAUGAGCUUUCUGCAGAGGACGUUUUUUACAAAUGGGAAUCUUUUUGCAUCAAGAUGGAUAUGGACGCCACGAACCCCCAAAUUACCCAUAUUCGCAAUUUCAAGAAGGAUAUUCAGGACACACUGGAGAAGAUCAACAAACAACAGACGCACAUCAAGUCCGAGAAGCGCGGGCAUGGUACCCCCAGAGUAAGAGGUGGUGAUGUAUUUGGCAUGCUGGAUGGCCUGGUGCCAAGUACGCCGUCGUCAGGGAAAUUGAACAAGUCUAGCAGCCUGCGCAAGAAAACGCAUGAGACGCCAACCAUGUCAAGAGUCAAGGCCGAGAUUCCUUCCAGUUCACCCGACUACAAGGGGGCUUCGAGGAUGGAGGAACAGCUGAACUCGAUGCAGAUUCCGAGUUCCUUCAAUGACCGACAAAAUGCUGGCGACACCAUUGAAGUUUUGAACGAUCACUUAAGCCCUCCUGAGGCACCCAUCUGCCCUUACUCAGAAUCCCGUAUCAAGUUGACGGCUGCGUCGGACCAAAAGAAGCUUGCAUAUAAACCCCUGGCCAUGAAGCUGUCUGAAGCUUCCGAGAUCCUCGAUGACAGGAUAGACGAGUUCAUGAGUAUUGUUCAGGAGUACCACAAGCUUGAUCUUUCAGAGUUUGGCAGCGCAGCUAGUCAAAGCACUACAACAGUAAUCGCUGUCGGCCGCAUCGCUUCUGAUGCGCCAGAGGGGAAGUUGAACGCAGCAUCUCUCGUAUUGGAACUGUCAAGACGAAUGGGUGGCGGCCAACGUGUUUCGCUGAACAUGCAGAACAAAGGAUAUAGCUUUUUCCCUGGCCAGGUUGUGGCUCUGAAGGGCAUCAACACAUCCGGAAAUGAGUUCGUUGUUGAAGAUGUUCUCGAAGUCCCCUUACUUCCUAAUGCCGCCUCAACACCAGCUGCAUUGGCCGCACAUCGCGAAAAGCUGCGAGGAGACCCCGACGCCAUGGAUACAGACUCGGACCCCGCGCCCCUGAACGUCAUUUACGCCUCCGGACCCUACACCGCAGAUGACAACCUUGACUUCGAGCCUCUGCAUGCUCUCUGUGACCAAGCAGCCGACACCUAUGCCGAUGCUCUUGUUCUCACAGGGCCAUUUAUCGACAGCGAGCAUCCCCUAAUCGCCACUGGUGACUUCGACUUGCCUGAAGAAGCGGUCAUCGAGCCGGAUACUGCAACCAUGUCGACGGUCUUCAAAUACCUGUUUUCUCCAGCUCUCAACCGUCUGGUAUCCGCUAACCCCAGUAUCACAAUACUUCUUGUUCCCUCGGUCCGCGACGUCAUUGACAAACACGUCUCCUGGCCUCAAGACUCCGUCCUGAAGAAGGAACUCGGCCUCCCCAAGACAGCUAGAAUUGUCACCAACCCCAUGACAUUGUCCAUGAACGAAAUGGUCAUGGGCAUUUCCUCUCAAGACAUUCUUUGGCAGCUGAAGCAUGAGGAACUGGUCGCUCGCCCCUCGGACACUAAUCCUUUGUCGAGGCUUUCCCGACAUUUGCUUGAGCAGAGACACUUCUUCCCACUUUUCCCGCCCACGGAUCGCCAGAAGCUGCCCAAGACUGGCACUGAGGAGGGAAUACCACCAGGUGCUAUGUUAGAUCUUAGCUACCUAAGGCUGGGUGAGAUGGUCAACGUUCGACCUGAUGUGCUGAUUGUUCCUAGUUUCCUCCCACCGUUUGCUAAGGUUGUUGAGAGCGUGCUUGUGAUUAACCCCGGCUACCUGUCGAAGAGGCGAGGUGCAGGCACAUACGCGCGACUCACAUUAUUCCCGUUAAAGGUCGAUGGCCAGUCGGAGGCCAUGUUGAGCCACGGCAUUUUCGAUCGUGCGCGUGUGGAGGUCAAGAAAAUCUAG